CUAUGGUUCCGGCGCCCCUCAACCCCGUGAGCGCGCGUCGCUCCGCCCAACGGCCGACGGGGGCUCUCGACCUUCGGCAUCUGACCUCUACUGAUGGGCGAAAAACUGCGCGAGCCGCCCGCUUUCUGAUUGGUCGAUGCGGCGCGUCGCCGGCGCCUGAUUGGCGAAGGGAGAGGAGCGGGAAGAUGGCGGCGCUGGGCUCUCCGUUGCGGACGUUGCGCGGGCUGCUCCGCGAGCUACGGCAUGUCAGCGGGCGCGCCUAUCGCGACACGGCCGCCUACCGACACGUCCUCGCCGCCUUCCGCGCUCACCGGGUGACCAGUGAGAAGCUGUGCCGGGCCCAGCAGGAGCUGCACUUCCAGGCCGCCACCUACCUGUGCUUGCUGCGCAGCGUGCGGCAGCACCAGGCCCUGCAUCGCGAGUACCACGGCCGCGGGGAGCGAUCCCCCGAGGAGGUGGCGGGGCUGGUGGGCUUCAGGCUGCCCCGGCAGCCGGGGGGGAAGGGCUGAAGCCGCCCCGUGCCGCCCGCUGCUCGGCGCCGAAUAAACGCCCUCGGCUCUGAA